AUGAAACGUUGCGUUAACACAUCGUUGGUGCUUGAUGGAUUAAGGUACAAGGGUGAUCACGUGAUAAAUUACAGUCAAAGAGGUGGCAUCAACGUAGUCACUGAAAAGCAAACGCGAACGUCACGCCUCUUGAUAUCCAAGGCGUUACCUGCUGAUUCUGGAAAUUACACGUGUGCCCCGUCUACGGCCGAGUCAGCCAGUGUUCUAGUCCACGUACUCAAUGGGGAACAUCCUGCAGCGAUGCAGCACGGGAACUCGAGCAACAGCGGCGCGGCAACGAGGACGCUGGCGUUGCUCCUGUUGCUUCUGCACGCCGGUUCGUUCGCGAGGUGACUGGUCGAUCACGAGGCCCUCCAAUAAGGACGCGAGAACGAACGUCGCAUUUCCUUCGUAUAAUCGAACACGCAGAGGAGGCGAGAAAGGAGAAACGAGUCUCAAAGCAACUCGAGCAAGACCGAGGAAAGAAGAAGAAGAAGAAGAAGAAGAAGAAGAAGAAGCGUCGUAAACAACCAUUCCUUCAAAACCCUUUAUAUAUCACCCUCGAUCUUGCUUUUUUUUUUUUUUCACUGCAACGAGAGAUCAGGCAGACCAUGCCUUUCGAACGAACGGACCGAAAUCGAAGUGAAACCAGUGGAACUGACUGCUGCUCUCGCUGCGUAACUGGAUGUUACCGUAAUCGUUUCACGUGAUGUAAA